AUGACUGACGAAGAAAUCCAAUUCGAUGUAAAAGUGAUAAAUGCAUUUAAGAGUUAUGGAAGACAUAAUGUAUUUAAUGGUUUGAACAUGAAUGUGUCGUCAGGUUCUAUCUAUGGCCUUUUGGGACCGAGUGGUUGUGGUAAAUCGACACUUCUUCAAUGCUUAAUAGGAAUAAUGAAAUUGGAUUCAGGAUCUAUUGACUUAAAAGCAGUAAACUUAAAAGACGUUGGAUAUAUGCCUCAAAAUUUAUGUUUGGAAGGCACACUGACCAUUAAAGAAACCUUUGAAUAUUAUGGAACACUUUACAGCAUGGAUAAAAAGAACAUCGAUAUUAAAAUAGACGAACUUAACACAUUCUUACAGUUACCGAAUUUGAAUAGUUUAAUAAAAGAUAUAAGUGGUGGCCAAAGUAGACGAGUAUCUCUUGGUGUUUGCUUACUACAUAAUCCUAAGCUUAUUAUAUUGGAUGAACCUACAGUUGGAAUUGAUCCUUUAUUAAGACAAGAAAUUUGGAAUGGGCUUACAACGAUGGUCGAAAAACAUCAGAAAACAAUCAUAAUAACUACUCAUUAUAUUGAAGAAGCCAAUUUAGCUAAUUGUAUUGGUUUAAUGAGAAAUGGAGUGCUAGUAGAAGAAGGAUCGCCUCAAGACAUUAUGUUUAAAUAUGAAGCAGAUUCAUUGGAAUCGGCUUUUUUAAAACUAUGCUCUUAUCAAGAUUCAAAUGAAGCACCAAAAAUUCUUCCUAAAGCUGUUAAAAACCCGCAUCAAUCAAAAAAUUUAAUUAAAAAUAGUAAAACAAUAGAUUUCAUAAGAAUUAAAGCUUUGCUGAAAAAGAAUGUUCAUGUAUUAUGUCGUGAUUACUGGUUAUUGUUUACCAUAAUGAUUCUUCCCAUCAUACAAACAUGCAUUUUUUGUUCGAGCAUCGGAGUGAUUUUUAAACGAAUGGAAAUAGCAAUUCAAAAUGAUGAAAUUAGUUUAAAUGACUGCAAAAAAAUGUCCAAUUUCAAUGAAUGCAUUUUUAAUAAUGAUACAACUCAAUUAAUGAGUUGCGUUGCUAUACAAUAUCUUACUUCACUCGAUUAUGUAUUAGUUGAAGUGAAAGAUCGUCAUGCUGGUGAAAUUUUUGUAAACGAUAAACAUUUUUUAGCAUUUAUACAUUUUCCUAAGAACUUUACACAAGACUUAACUACAUUUAUUGACACUCCAAAUGAAUAUCAUGAGCAAUCGCUGUCGUAUAUGCAUUUUGCCAAACACAAUAUAUUAUUUAAAAAUCAAAUAAUAUUGGAUGUAACAAAUGCAAUGCGUUCUCUAAUACAUGAUACUUUAAUUAGUUGCUCUAAUAAUCCAAAAACAGCUGGAUUACCGAUGGAAUUCAAUCCAUUAUACGGAAAAGAAGUGAAGGUUCACGGUCACAGUACAGCAGCAAUUUUUUUAGCAAUGGGAGCAUUUUAUUUUAGUAGUAUUUAUUCAGUGAGCAUUAUGCUUUCAGAAAGAAUGGAUGGAAUCCUAAGUCGAUCGAUGUUUGCAGGCGUUACAAUAUUGGAAUUGCUUAUUUCAAUGUUUUGUAUUUCGAAUUUUUUAAUUUUGGCUCAUUCAGUUACCGCUGUUAUUAUCGCAUACGUAUUUUAUUCGAAUCCCGUUCACUUAACCAGUGGUCUUUUCAUGUAUGCUGCGUUGAUAAUAAUUAUGUCAUGGAUAGGAUUUUUAUUUGGUUUACUUGCCGCUGGAAUAACACCAACUAAAGCUGGCGGUGUUCACAUUAUGAAUGGAUGGGCUCUAUCCCAGAUGUUAUUAUCGGGCGGAGUGUGGCCAAUUGAUGGACAGUCACACUUAUUAAGAACAGUAUCUGAGUUACUGCCUAUGCGAUUAGCCGGGAAAACGAUGAAUGACAUAACAUUGAAAGGUUGGACGUUAGAUCAUCCAUCGGUCAUAAAGGGUACCUCAGCGACAUUUGCUCAUGCCAUAUUAUUAUUAUUAAUUUUAAUUGGUCUAAGUAAAGUUAAAAAGAACAUGUGGGUUAUUCACAAAUAAGAGCUUCGGACUUCGGAAAAUAUGUAUUAUAUUUAUUCUUAAGGUAUUUAUCGUUAAGUUACUAUUUUCAUUAAGCUAUUAGAUAAUGAAAAAUUAUUUCAAAAAUGAAUUGAACGAUACGUGUUAUAUUAAUUCGUUAAGUUUCCAUAAGAUAUCCGAGAAGAUUGUGUUAGAAAGCAAGACAAUAUUCGGUGUGUGUGUGUGUGAUUUAAUCAGCUGUUAAAAUAUUUUUUUUUAAAUCAGCAUUUAAAUAUUGUUAUUUUUGUUAUUUUUAUUAAUAAUACACGUAUCAUAU